UGCCCCAGCCCGCCGGGCCCAGCAGCAAGCCCUGGUGGCCGCCAGUCGUCCCUCACAACAGGUGCUUUGCAGGAAGGCGGCUGUUGCGCCUGGACAGCGGCAUGCAUCGGCCGGGUGGCUGACACAUCCCUCGCCGUGGUCCGCGCUUCUUGGCUUGGGGUGUCCCUGGCUCGUUCUCCGUCGCGGGGGUGUGUUUUUUUCUUCAUUUGUCUAGUUGUAGGUUAAUUUUAUUGAACUUAAAAAAGUAUACUCAAUUAAAAAAAAAAAAACCAGAAAAAGAAUCACACGAAAGAAACAGAAAAUGGACUUACAGAAAAACCAGCAAGACUAAGUUUCCGUGCGUGCCAGGGUGGCCUGGCCCCUGGGUGGUGGUCUGCUGCCGCGGGCACCGGGCUCUCAAGGUGACGCGCCUGGCCGCUGGCCCUUGCAGAUGGCGGGCGAGGCAGAGCGCCGGGCCUCGGGUGUGUUCCAGUGCCAGCUCUGCAGCUUGACAGCGCCCUACAGCUACGUGGGCCAGAAGCCCCCCAACACCCAGUCUGUUGUCCUCCUGGAGGAGAGCUACGUCAUAAAGGACCCCUUCUCCUCGGACAAGGCCGCCUUCCUGGUCCUCGGCGCACAGUGCAGUCUGUGCAACAGACUCGUGUGUGUGGGCCCGGAGUGCAGUCUCUUCUACACCAGGAGGUUCUGCCUGCCGUGCGUCCGGGAGCACCUCAGUGCCUUCCCGCAGGAGAUUGGGCAAGAUGUGGAAAAAAGGAAAGCUCCCUCCAAGAAGCCCUCCAGCCAGCACACGCAUGGGACGUGACCACCUCUGGGGCUGGGGCGCGGGCAGCGCCAUGCAGAACUCCUGGCCCUAGGGGAGCAGCAGCUGUGCCUGAGGGAGCCAUGCGGGGACGUGCCCCAGGGGGUGGCAUCAGCCUGAACGUCUGGUGAACCCAACUUGCAAGCUUCAGCACCCGCGAGGCCCCGUGGGGGAGGAGGCAGCAUGUCCAGGGCCCAAAGGCUAGGUUGCUGUAGGAACAGCAGCGGUGGCCUUUGGGAGCCAGACAGCAGCUGUGAAUGGGCAGUUUCCACUCUGUCCCGUGUAAUGCUGGGGAGUCUGGUUUGUGAGUGCCCCUGGAGGAACCCCAUGUGCCCCACGGGUGCAGCUUGCCGACGUCGCUUGGAGGCAGGAGCUGUCAGUACUGCAGGCCCAGCCACUGUGUUGGGUGAAAAAUAAAGUUCUUCAC